UUAGGUCACACAGGCUUUUAUAUAAUGAUUUAAAUAUUUUCCUAAUUGGAGUGUAAGUCAAGCAAUUUCUGAUAGAAUUUUAGAUGUAUCCUUAGUAGUCACAGUGAAGCGGGUCUAGAAAAUAAGUCUUUGGCAGGGAACAGGGCAGUUUUUUUUUAUUAAUCUCAGUAUUAAUACGUUUAGAUCCUACUUACUAGGUUUUUGUAAUUUAUACAGGCCAAUACCAAUUGUGAAAAAAUAGUCACUAAUUAAUACUGGUCAUUAAAUUUUAAAGGAUGGAAAUUUAGCAUGAUUAAAAAUUAUUUAAGCAGUCUUAAAAUCACUUUAACAGCUUCUAUUCAUGUAAUGUAUUCAUUAAAAAUAUUUACUUAGUAGCACUGCUAGUUAAAUAAAACUUCAUUUCUUAGGAGAAAAAUACACUGUAAUUCUAGUGUCACUAAUUUAUAUUCUUCCUCUUUGCUUUUUACUAAUUUUCUAUAUUCAAAUUUAUCUUUAAUUCAAACUCAUUAAACAUUAGAUAACUGAUAAUGUGAUGGAACACAUCGAUUAUUUGGGUCAACUUUUUGAUGCCUUGGCACAUUGUUCUUUGAAAGAAUUACAGUGGAACCCUUGCAUUUGAAGCAUUAACAAUCAUUUUAAUUUUGUGCAGGGACAAAUUUUAAUCAUGAUCGGUAAGAUUGGUUUCUGCAAAAUGUGGAGUCAAAUACCAGGAAGAAGAAUUUUAAGGCUUAAAUGGUGGCUAAUAAUUGGAAGUGUUCAGAGGAGAUAAAUAUGUUUUUUUUUAAAAGUUCAUCUGAGGGAAACCCAGGAACAUCUGGAGACGUGUCCCUUAAUAUAAAAGUGUCAUUGAGCCAAGGAACUGAAAUAUAUCUCCAUUUAUAAGUUCAGGUACAUUCCUUUGGUUCCUUGGCAACCGUAACUUUCAAAUUAAAAGUCUUUUUGUUUCAUAUCUCUAUGCUAAAAAAAUGUGUUUAGAAAAGUAAAAUGGUCAAGCUUUUACUCUGCUCUCGCUACACUGACAUGAUCCAAUUACUCCUCUCUUCCUGGUAGAUCCAUUCCUGAAUCAAAACUUUGCCUGAGAAGACACGUAAUAAUAGCCUGUCUAUACCACUGGCAUCCACUUAGAAAUACUAUGUCCCUUUUUGCUAGUAGAUUUCAGUGUUUUAUAAUUAAACAGCUAAAAAGUGGUUAAAAGGAUUUUAAAGUGACAGCAUACUUUGCAAAAUGAACAAUAGUUAAAUAAGACAAACUAAUUUUUUAUAAGUAUACACCUAAAGUUUUGUCAUUAUGCUCUUCAUUUCUGCAAAAGUGAAGUUGAGAUAUUGUUUUAGGUCCAUCUACUUGAGUAUUAUGCAGUCAUUAAAAAUAUUUAGAAUAGCAAAAUGAAAAAAGGCCAUCUUUAACUGGGGAAAAGCAGGUUAUACAUUAGGUAGAAGGGAGGAGGAAAAGAUGUCAUGGAAAAAAAAAAACCUGAAAAACCUUUUUAUUUAUUCAUUCAACAAACAUUAAGCACCUACUACAUUCCAGGCCAAGGGUUAGGAUGAAGCCAGAAAGAAAAGUUUAUUGUGAAAUAAUUUACAGUUUAGAACAGAUCUAGCAGAAUGGAAAACUACCCUUUCUCACAGAGCCAUGAUAAUCACAUUUUUUAGUUUGGUCCCUUCCUCUGUUCAUAUAAUUAUUUUAAUAUAGCAGGGCCUGUCUUGCUGAAGGGAAGAUCAAUGGCUCUACUACAAGUCUGACUUUGAUAAGUGUCCAAGGGAAAGGGAUUAAAUUAGGAGGCAGGAGAUCUGGACGGGCCCUUUUUUUUUUCUUUUUAUUUUCCCAGAAGGUAAGCGAGGCAGGAUAACGGUAGAAAGUUGUCUGGCAACCGUGGCUCUGGGCGUGGCCAGCGUAGCGUCGGGCCGGCUCCGCCCUCGGCUGGCGGUUCUGUGCGCCGAUUGGCUCGUGCUGGCCUCGCUCCCGAUUGGCGGGAGGUUUCCGAGCGGGUCGUGCUUGGGUGGAGCGACUUGCGAGCAACCGUCUGAGGCCCGGGAUCGUCCAGGGGAGGCUGAGCGCCGCCCGGCCCCUCUCCCAGCCCUAGGUUUUCGCAGGAAUCUUGGGAAACCAAAAUGAGGCAUAAUCAGCUGUGUUGUGAGACACCACCUACUGUCACUGUUCAUGUAAAAUCAGGGUCAAGUAGAUCACAUCAGCCUAAAAAACCCAUUAAUCUGAAGCGUCCAAUUUUUAAAGAUAGUUGGCCAGCAUCUGAAAAAAAUGCACAUAAUAGCAACAAGUCUAAACGCCCCAAAGGACCCUGCCUAGUUAUACAGCGUCAGGAAAUGACUGCUUUCUUUAAAUUAUUUGAUGACGAUUUAAUUCAAGAUUUCUUGUGGAUGGACUGCUGCUGUAAAAUUGCAGACAAGUAUCUUUUGGCUAUGACCUUUGUUUAUUUCAAGAGGGCUAAAUUUACUAUAAAUGAGCAUACCAGGAUAAAUUUCUUUAUUGCUCUGUAUCUGGCUAAUACAGUUGAAGAAGAUGAAGAAGAAUCCAAAUACGAGAUUUUUCCAUGGGCUUUAGGGAAAAACUGGAGAAAAUUGUUCCCUAAUUUCUUAAAGUUAAGGGACCAACUCUGGGAUAGAAUUGACUAUAGGGCUAUUGUAAGCAGGCGAUGCUGUGAGGAGGUUAUGGCCAUUGCUCCAACCCAUUAUAUAUGGCAACGAGAACGUUCUGUGCAUCACAGUGGAGCUGUUAGGAACUACAACAGAGAUGAAGUUCAACUGCCCCGGGGACCUAGUGCCACACCGGUAGAUUGCUCACUCUGUGGUAAAAAAGGAAGAUAUGUUAGACUGGGAUUAUCUUCAUCAUCUUCAUCCAGUGAUACAGUACAGGUGAUGGAAAAACAGUCUCAGGAAUCACACAACUCAUUCUCAGUGGACAUAGUAGUUGAUCCUUCUCAAGUUUAUAACUAUUCUCAAGUAACCAAUGACCAUCAAUCAAAGAAAGAAAAGAAAACUAAUUUCAUGAAGAAAGACAAAUCUAUGGAGUGGUUUACAGGAAGUGAAGAAUGA